CUGAAGGGAGGCUGGCUCAUGAUAGUUGCAACCAUGGAGCAAACUUGUAUCUCCGAAGUUGUUAUGAGAGGGCAAUAGGAGCUUCAGGAAGAACAAAUUUCCUCAUGGAGGGGAAUUGCUUUUUUCUUGAACAUUUACAACAACUUCAAAAGUCUACAAAGUCAAUGUAAUGAGAAAACUGGGUACUAGAAUUGGUGCUCUUUCCCAUGCCCUAUGCACUGUUAUCCAAGAUGGCGGCUUAAUGAAGACGGUUUUACAAUACAGCGUGGCUCUCAAUAAAUAUCAGCUGGGAAUCGGCUGAAAUGUCAACAUGACUGACCUCGAUCCAGAGAGAGCCAUACUACAUAUUGUGGUGGUUGGUUUCCAUCAUCAGCGAGGAUCUGAGGUGGAGUUUUUAUAUCCUCCGCUCGGAAAGCAGAGAAAUUCUCAAUCUUUAAUACUUCCAAGUGAAUGGAGAUUUCUGCCGUUUUUGGCUUUACCAGAUGGAGCUCAUAACUGUGAGCAAGACACAACUUUCUUCCAUUUACCAAGUCUCAGCACGGCAGACAUCGGGCAGAACCCACAAUCAACUGUUUUUGGGAUUUCUUGUUAUAGGCAGAUUGAUAGUAAGGACUUAAAAAUUAAAAGUGAAGAUGUGACCAGAAGCACUGUACAGAAGAGUGUUUGUGUCCUGUCUUGCUUGCCACUUUAUGGAUAUUUAAGAGAGAAGCUGCAAGUUGCCACUAGAGUCUAUUUCGAAGAGAAGGAUUUCUCUCAAACAGGAAUUCUAGAGGAACUAUAUAGAAAUUUAAACACGACUAUUUCACCAAGUCUGAUAUCAGAAGAAUCUUUACUAACUGUUGGUUUUUCUGCUGUAGAAUUAGUUAGAAAGUUCAGACAUGAGAUUUUAACUCUUUUUAAACUGCUUCUUCUCGAAAGAAAGGUCAUCUUUCAUGGAUUUCCAGUUACUAGUAUUUGCUCUCAGCUUCUCUCACUUGUUUCUCUGUUUCCAAAAAUGAUUCAGGGUGGCCUGGUGUAUGCAAUUCCCAGAGAAAAUAGAAUUUUUCAAGAGGAUAAGUCGGAGAGUGAUAUUCAUGUACAUGAAUGUGAACAGCUUGCUGUAGAUUUAUUUGGAUUUCCUUUGGCAAUCUUUACAAAAAACUCUUUAUUUCAUCCUUACUUAUCUUUGCAACAAAUGGAACUUUUGAAAAGUUCUCAUGUCAGAAGUUUUGUGGUUGGAGCAUCAAAUUAUUUGUACAAACGACAAAAGGGAUUAUCAGAUGUUUUAGUGGAUCUGGAGAGUAGUAAAAUUGAGAUUCAUGAUCCUGAACUAAACGACCAGUUGUCAUUAUCAACCGCUGACCUCAGGUUUGCAGACUAUCUAAUUCAUCACGUGGAUGAUUACACUGAGAAAGGGGAACAAGAAGCAGGCUGGGAUGGGAGUGAUGAGUGGAUCAGAGCCCAGUUUAAAUUAUAUCUUCUGUCAUUGUUGUCAACCAUUCAACACACAGGGGGUGAUGGAAUGGCAAAUUACAAUGAUAAAUUCGUAGAGGCCUGGAAACAAACUACGAACUAUCAAGUGUGGAGAGGAAAAGAACACACUGGGAUUGAUGAUGUACAUGCUGGACAUCCAUUUCAAGGACAGAUGGGGCUCUCAGACAUUAAAAUCAGACUCUCUAAUGUUAUGCAGACAGAAAAGGGCCGUAGGAUUGGUCAUGCUGUGGCGGAAACUGGCAAAGUCGUAGGUGGGGCUAUUAACAGCGCACGCUCAUUUGUGACAUCAUGGUUCUCUGAGUUGACGCAAUCAUCUUCAGAGCAGAAUGAGGAGGAGACUGGGGAGGGUAAAGGACCGGAAGAGAAAAAUGAAGCAACAAUUAAUCAAGAGAAGAAUGCAAUGCUACACGAAUGAUACAGGGUGCAGAAAUUUGAGAUCAAAUUUAGCAGUAAUGCAGUCAGUAGGCUGAUAAUUACAUAAAGGUAUAAUCCAAGCUUGACAUGGAAAGAUGACACAGUUGAGGAAAUAAAUCAGUUUGAAUACAUGUCCAUAUUAAAUUAUGGUAUUGGAAAAGUAUCUACUAUAGCCAAAGUUGAGCAGAAGAGACCCAACAAACUUUAUUUUCUGUUCAUUAUUUAUCACAUCCAUCAAUAUUAUUAUUACUAUCAUUGUUUUGCCCACAUUGCUUUUUUUGCUAAAAUGGAAAACAUCUAAAUUAUUAUGACAAAUGGUAAUAUAGCUCAUUAACCUUACCAAAUAGACUUUAAUCUUUUCACACUAGCAGCAUAAUAGCAGUUGUGUCAGUUGUGUUGUGUCAGCUGUGUGUACUGUAAUAGAGCAUAUUUGAAUUUUCCCCAAUAUGGAAACUGCACUAGAAAUAACUUUGUUAUAAAUAGUACCCUGUGCUUUACUCAAGUAAGUUUGUCACAGGCACCAAACAAUUAUUUGAUAAUAUGAUAACCAAAAAACUUACACUAUUAAACAAAUCUUUAAAUAUUGUGACUAAUACAAUGGUACCACUGUAAUGAAUCCCUGAAUAGGAAAGUAAAGUGAUAAUAUAGAGUGAUGCAAAAUUUCCUGUUAUAUAAAUAAUAAUUAUUUUUUGUUAAUGAUACCAGAGGACUAUAUUGUUGCCGCAAAACUAGAAGUUACUAAAUGAAAUAAGUAGUGUUUUCACUGUGCCAGGUUUGCUGCUUUUUUAGUCUUCGUUGUUCAUAUGUUUUCUGUUGAGCGAACUGGUUAGAAAGUUGGUUCUGUAUUCCUUUAGUUUUGGAUUUUUCUUGCCAUAAUUAAAAAAAAAUUGACCUAGUGUCAAACUUGUUCCAGGUUUU